CCAACAAAACGCCAAAAGCUGGCCAUCAAAGUGCAGUGCAGUGAGAAAAGUCACAGAAAAGAAGAAGCACAACAUUGAUUGUGUGUGCGGUGUCUGUUUUUUUCCCGAGAAAUUUUGCGUCCAAUAUUUCCCCAAAAAAUCCGGAACAAGUCCGGCGCGAACAAGUGUCCCCCACUGGUGCGGUCGAAACUCAAAAGUGUAUCCCGGUUCCCGGAGGAAAUUCCGUAGGCGGGUGUCGGUUUCCGGGCGGAAAAAUUGCCCCCACUCGAAGUGAGAUGCCGUCGAAGAAGAAAAAGUACAAUGCGCGAUUUCCGGCGGGAAGGAUCAAGAAGAUCAUGCAGACGGACGAAGAAGUCGGUAAAGUGGCCCAAGCGGUUCCCGUUAUAAUCUCUCGAACCCUGGAGCUGUUCGUCGAGUCGUUGCUGACCAAGACGCUUCGCAUCACAAACGCCCGUAACGCGAAAACCCUUUCGCCCUCGCACAUGAAGCAGUGCAUCAUCUCCGAGAGUCGGUUCGACUUCCUGCGGGACCUGGUCAAAAACAUCCCGGACAUUGGCGUCAACGAGGAACAGCUAUCCGGUUCGGAAGCUGGGUACGGCAACGAAGCCGGAGCAUCUCCGGCGUCCACAUCCACAUCGUCCUCCUCGAAUGGAGGAGGAGGAGGAGUCGGACAGUUGCAUGGCAGUGAACCCAUUUCCAGUGCCGUAUUGUUGCAGCGGUCAGAGUCCUACACACCGCCCAGUAGUACCAGCUAUGUCAGUACGCUUCCCAUAGCACCUCAGCUUCAGAUCCCAACGCAUCAACCGCCGAGUCAGCCCCAGCCAAACAGCAGUCUGAAGCGACCGUUCAACCAUGCAAACAGUUUGAACUUCUACAAAGAGAUAUCGCUGGAGGAUUCGAGUAGCACUACCAGCAUCGGCCGGGAGCCUCCUCCGAAGCUAACAAGACUGCAUUCGGCACCGGCAGCCAGCGCCACGACAACGAAUUCGAUUCCCAUCAAGAUCGAUAUCCUACCAAAUCUGGCCACGGUCGCCGCUGCGCCUUUGUCAUCUGCGGCUUCUUCUAGUUCAAACAACAACAACCAACAGUCACAGCUGAAGGCCAACAACGGCGGGAGCGUGACCAGUAGCAAUAGUUUCAAAAUCACAUACAAAAUUGCGCCGAGCAACAAUCCGCCCACACCGACCGUGAUCGAGCAGCCCGUCAUCAAGUUGGACUAUUCGAACCUCAAACUCCCGAUGGCGACGACCGUCGACCAAUCGAAACAGCCGGCGUCGGUACCGUCUUCUUCUGCGCGCCACCUACAGCCAACGAUCAAGAUCGACUUGAGCAACAUUAGCAGCUUUAGAAAUACGCCAACCCAAGUGCAGUCGGCACCGGUAGCUCUGAUGGCCGGAAGUGGAAAGCCACAACAGCAUCAACAAGUGCCUUCUACGCCAACUACUGCCAGCACUCCGUCGACGCCGCUGUCGGCCCUGAGCAGUGCCUCGUCCUCUGGUUCCUCCAUCUGUGGCGGAAGCUCCAUCACCAGCAGUAAAAAUCCGUACGUUUUUCAGCAGCAGUCAGUGGCCUCCACUAGUACCGGAAGUGGAUCAGCAGCUCCACUCUAUUCCAGUGUAUCCUCGGCUAUUCCCGGAAUGGACGAGGACUAUGAUGAUAUCUAAGACCCGAUAGGGAAUAUCUAUUCUCUGUUCUACCCUAUAUUGUUUCUAGUUUGAACUGUUUUCAAUUGCAUUUAAGUAACAACUAUUCUAUCCUUUUUGCUCCUUCCAAACUGCAUCCUUCCUUUCUCUAUCAAAGAAUUGUCUAUAAAUCUAGAAAUUAUAACCCAACAAAAAGCAACUGAAAUACGAGUCUAAUUAAGUCUCAAUUUUGUACAGAACGCGGCAGUUUCUUCUCGCCUCCAAUUGUGAGAGCGGGAAUUCCUACCGUUAGAUUUUAGUCGUUAAGCUGUUUUAGUUCAACUAUGAAAAACAUAAAAAAAAACAUUCAAGCAGAGAACUGCAACAAGAACAAUGAUUUCGAUUAACACAAAACUACAAACCCGUAACUGGUAGAAGGAAAUGUUUAGUUCAAAUGUGCACGUUUUAGUAUCAUGCAUGAGAGGAAAAUAACGGAGUAGUUAUGUUCUUGGAAUACUAUAAUAAUCGCGACUCGCGAGAAUGUGUGUGUUUGUGUAUUUGUGUUCUUGUGUGUGACGAUGAUGGUUUGUAUUUUCACGGAAUUGCACCACUCUGAAGCACAUCCCCACGCGCGCGCGCACCUAAAUAUACGUCAGAUCAAUAGGAUGGAAUAAUUUUUGUACAACCCAACAAAAUGCCGAUAUUGACGAAAUAAAUUAAUUUAGGAAUUAA